AUAGUAUGCACAUUCCGCACAUUGUCCACAAUCAUAUGUUCGGGCACUAGGACCCCGCGCUCACGUGAGCGCGCUCGUGCGCCCCGUUUACACACACUCUCUCUCUCUCUCUCUCUCGCUUUUUUUAAGAGGCACCGCGAGCGCGAGACUGAGGCGCAGAACAAGGAGCGCGUGGCGCAGCGCACUGGCCUGACCCGGAGAUCGACGCUUUCCUGUCAGAUCUGCGCAGUGCGCGCUGGGGAACAUGCCGCGCGAGGACGAGUGACGGAGCGUGUGGAAGUAGGUCAUCCGCGCGCGUGCGCCGGCUGCGCGCACCAAGCCCCGUGCACCGCGCGAACGGGAAUAAACACCGGAGGAUACCCAUGUGCCGUGCACACAAAGAACACAAAGUCUUCUUCUUCUCUCUCCCCCCUUCUGUCUCCGCGCCGUUACGCGCGAGCGCGUGAAGACACGCUGCUAUAUUCUUGCAGAGACAAAUCGUUAAAAGAUAUUCAGACGAAGUUUUUUUUAUUAUUAUUAUUUGUUUAAAUUUUUUUCCAAGCAGGAACACGAGCCCUUUUCGGUGCUCAGGUUUUUACCGGAGGCGCGCGAGUUCGUCGGAUCCUAAACGGUGACCCGGCGGCGCGUGGAUGCAGGAGCAUGGAGCAGAGAGAGAGGGCGCCUGCAGCAGCGCCCAGGUAGGUGUGCCCAUGGUGGCGCGGAGCACUAACGUGGGCAUGGCCCCGGUGGAGGACAUGCAGGCGCUGUCAAUCACCACUCUCUCCGCCUCUGAGGUGGAGCAGCAGUACGAGCUAAUUGGUCCGUUAGGGAAGGGCACGUAUGGCCGAGUCGAUCUGGUGGCUCACCGCACACAGGGCACAAAACUGGCCCUAAAGUACGUCAGUAAGAACAAGACCAAGCUUCGGAGUUUCCUUCGUGAGUACAGUUUGACCGCAGCACUGGGUUGCAGUCCCUUCAUCAUCAAAGCUCUAGAUGUUCUGUUUGAGACUGAAGAGAGUUAUGUAUUUGGCCAGGAGUACGCACCUGCAGGAGACCUCUUCGAUAUUAUACCUCCACAGGCUGGUUUGCCCGAGGACAUGGUCAAACGGUGUGUGCAGCAGCUCGGCUUGGCUUUGGACUUCAUGCACAGUAAAAGUCUGGUCCAUCGGGACGUGAAGCCAGAAAACGUGCUCCUGUUUGACCGCGAGUGCCGACAUGUGAAGCUGGCCGACUUUGGAAUGACACGGAGGGCAGGCAGCCGCGUCAAACGAGUCAGCGGCACCAUCCCCUACACGGCGGCUGAGGUGUGCCAGGUCACGGGCUCAGAGGGCAUCGUAGUGGCAACGCCGCAGGACGUAUGGGCGUUUGGCGUGCUCCUGUUCUGCAUGCUGACUGGAAACUUCCCAUGGGAAGCAGCGCUGCCCAGUGACAACUUUUAUGCAGAGUUCCAGCGCUGGCAGCAUGGCGCGUGUCCCCCAGGCACCGUGCCCUCGCAAUGGCGCCGCUUCUCUGACGACGCCCUGCGCAUGUUCAGCCGGCUCCUAGCGGCCGAGCCCGAGCGCCGCUGCGGCGUUAAAGAGGUUUUUUACUUCCUAAAAUAUGACCUACUCAACCAUCAUCGCCGACGAGCUUCCUGUAGAGCCUCUAGAGCCGCACGAGGCUCCGCCCAUAAACACGGAGAACACGCCUCCGCUCCGGGCACUUCCUGUCUUCGACCCACGCCUCUUAAACGUAGCAUCCUGUCAGAGCCGCACUCGUCGAGGGAGGAGCUUUCAAAAAGCCCCUCCCCCAAUCGUCAGGACAAGAGUAAAAUGGUAAUGGCCACGCCCAUCGAGAUCUGCGUAUGAAGGCGCACACUUACUUCCAUAUUCAUAAGAUAGAUAUUAUAGGAAAUAUAGGAAAUAGGAAAGGCGAUACAGGUUGGAAAGGAAUUUGGGUCAGUUGUGUAACUGUAGCUGAAGAUCCAAAACUCCGUUAGAAUCCACUAUUAACGACUGUUUAUAUUUCGAUAUUUAUUCAAAGCGAAUUCUUGAUUAGUGGAUCUUUGGAAAGAAUUUAUUGAGUUCUAGCAAGAAUCCUAGAAGCACAUCCUAAUUAUGACCUUCACAAUGUCCUAUGCUUCCUCUUUAGUAUGAGCGAACUGUUGAUAAGAGAUACGACUUUGAGGUCAGGUAGCUUUAUUACAGCCUGUAGGUCAGUCUGUCCAUUUCAGAGGACUUCUUCUUGUCGUUCUCCUUCCUUAAUCCGCGAUCAAACGAUGAGAACUCCAUCCACAGACGAACUCUGAGGUGUUUUUCUGAGGUGGCCCUCCUUUCUCUGUCAUGUGACUCAACAAACUAGCCUAUCAGGGGGCGGAUUACCUCGGAGACUUAUGACUGAUAUGCAUUUCUACAAACAGACCGUAAACAAUAUGGCCACUUCCCAUAUAUGGACAUUGUAGGUACACAGGAUAUGACAUCAUUCUCCUUAUGUGGGGGAAAAAAAUGAAGUAUCUGUAGAUGACAGGGAUUCUUUAUUAUAUAUGUAAGUGUGUGAAUGUGUUUGGUUGUGUUUAAUAGUCCUGUCUACAGUAAGCACAAGGGUUUUUUUUACAGCUUGUUUAAGAAACUUUGAGGACUGUUGUUGAGAGGGUUAACUGGAACAAACGUUCAUUCUGUGUUCAGGUAGUGCCAUUAUGUAGCUUUUUCUUUUCUUUUCUUUUUUUUUUAAAUUGUAAAAAACCUUACUAGCGAAUAUCCUGCACAGAAGCAAGUCGUAGUAGCCUGAAGAUUAGUACCUGUUUGCAGAGGAUGUCUGGAGGACUGAUACGUUUAGUAUUUUUUUUAUAUUUGGGUCAAAUAAGAUAGCGUUAAGGGGUUUCUUUCCAACUUUUGAAGCAAAAAUAAUAAAGUAGAGCACGGUAGUUCGUGUAGCACAGGGAUAACAGCUGCGAGGGAAUAGCAACAUUUGAGUUCAGAAGGUGGAGGAUGAUGAAAAAAGAAAGGAAGAAUGAAAAAAAUCUGGGGAUGGGUUAUGUUAUGGGGGUUUGGCGCUUGAUGCGGCAAAAAAACGAAAAACACCGAUAAAGUAUUAAACUGUGUAGCAGGCGGUAUGAGGGGUGUCUGUGUUCUAGAAGAAUUGAUCUUUGCUAAUUGCAUCAUGUUGAAUAAAAUGAAAUGAAUGGGACAAACUGAACUGUGGACACUUUUGUGGCAGGACGUAAGCGUGUAUAUUGUUUAAUCGUGAGCCAACCAAGAAUUGUCCACAGACAUGUUGAGAAUAUAAUCCAUACUCAAAAAAUGGCAACGAAAGCGCUAGCACUAGGAAAACUGGAAAACAACCGGCAAUAAACAAUGCUCAGAAAUGCACGACAUGAUUGGCAAGACUUUGCAAAGACGAAUGGAGAAUAAAAGGGCUAAAUAACGAAACUAAUUAAAGGCUGAACACGGAACAGGUACACACGUUAGGGAAACAAACCAACCAAGGGCGUAACCAUGGUAUGGACAUUGGAGGGGGGGUCCAACGAACUCAGCGGGAGGAUAUGCAGGUGAACGUAACGUUAAUGGUCAAAAACUGGAACUGACGUUAGCCUAGCCUACUUCGUGGGUGUGCAAAUAUCAACAGUUAAUUGACGUUCUUAAGAACAAACCAAGCCAUUAUGAUGCCUUCUAUACUAAGCUAAGGUUACCUACUAUUUAGGUAUCUAGUUACUUACUGUCUGAAAAAAAGCUUGUAUGUUCUGCUGCACUUUUCUAUACUUGGCUGCGGUCUCCAUUUCUUACAGACUGAGCUGCUAAAAUAUAUCGACGAACUUGCGUUGAGUAUGGGCGCAACCAAGACAGAUCCGUUGGCAGGGUUCACUAAAGGGGGACAUAUAAAAAAUAUUUUGAACUGUAUAUUGGCGGAGACAGAUUGGUAUUUCCUCAACAUUGGGGGACACGACCCCCCCCCCCAAACCACACCCAUGAAAACAACGAUAAGAGAUGGGAAUGUUUAGGCCUGGAACAAAAACUAAACUAAACAGCACAUUUUGUUUUAAAGCUAGCUAUUAGUGAAAAGAAAAGGUAAAGUGAUGUAAAGGUAAGAGACAUUUGAAACACAGAGAAUGUGCACAUUUCAGAUAAAUAACAUUAAUAAAAGCGACAAAAUCUACAACACGUUGUAGCAUAAACAGCAUUUCUGUCUAUCUUAGCCCACUAGAACUGCACUUUACCUCGAAAUAUAAUCAUUAAAGCACUUUUUUUGCAUUUUUAACGUCCCACGCUUUAACAUCCUUUUCCACAGGUCAUCCAUUAUAGGUCAUUCGACUAAAACUGUACAUUUGAUUUUUAGACAUUCACUCAACCCUGUUACCUGAACAUAUUCAUCCCUAUGAAAUAUUUCCAGAUCAAGUCCCAUGUUCAACCCAAAUUACCUAACGAUCACGUGAAGAAGAAAAGUAACUCGUUUCUUUAUUUCCAAAGGUAUUGUGCGACUGUGAGUGCUGACGUCUCUUUGAACCUCACUGUUCCACAGGUUAAAGCUCGAAAAAAUAUUUUUAAUCGAAAAAAAGACCAAUUUUGAGUAAAUCAUUAGAAUGUGCUCAUACCAUUAGCAUGGGUGUUAAUGAAGCAUAUUUAGUGUAUGUGGUUAGUGUAAUUCUAUGCGAAUACAAGCAAGCAUGAAAAUAUGGUCAUUAUCAGCAAAGAUAGCUUGUAAACAAUGAUAUUGUUGCCUGAGAAGGGUUAACAUGCUUUUCUGUUGUUGUUGUUGUUGUUGUUGUUGUUGUUUAAAUUGAUAUAAAUGUAGCAUUUCAGCUACGGAU